CGAUAUUCGCCACCGUUCGGAUUAGUAAAAGUCACUGUUUCUAAAAGUCAUGUCCUGUAGGUAUUUUCCCGUUAAUUUGAUCAGGGAAAAGACGCACACUUGUCUCGAAAGUGUUAUUUUUGCUGAUGAUUUCAUUACAACGCAAUCGAAUUCCGAGCUGCUCAAGCAUAGGAUGGCAAGCCAAAUGGGGGAAAAAGUUGUCAAAUUUCGCUCGGUAGAUGGCCAUAAAAUGUUGAAAUCAAUGUUUCGACGACAUGUAGUUGACUUUUUUUCCCUUCACAUGACUGACAAAAACAGAAGGUCGCAAACGUCAUGUAGUGUGAUUUGGUUACUCGACGGUCGAUUGUUAAAAAAUAUAACUUCUCCUAGGCUCCUCACGGUUGUUGUUGAGUUUUUUUUUUUUUAGCUCGUUGCAGUCACAUUUUCACGACUCCAAGUGUAUUUUUUUAACUCAUGUCCUCCGUUUCAUAGCUGAAAACAUUGUUGGCUGGCAGUUUUUUUAAAGGGGCGUAUGGCUCAAAAUCGCCUAGCAGGCGAGUAGAGGUGGCUUUGUGAACUACACGGCCCUGAACUCCUUAUUUUCAAAGGAAAUACUAAUCCUAAUGGCUGUACUGUAUUCACAAUUUUAGAUUUUCCGUUCGUCUUGACCCAUUGACAUCCAUUGACGUUGAUAGGCGUCUAAUCCAUUUGAAUUGUGAAAUGCUGGUAGUCUAGUUUAAAUAGAUUGGAUCUGAAAUAUGAUCAAUCACUGUCAGCCCUUCCAGUUCAAAUGGAUUGGAAACCACCAGUUAAAUAGUAAAGUACUGUCACCAAAUGUAUGGCAAUAAUGCUAGCCUUCUUUUGUGUCUGCAUUUAAUUCCAUUGGCUCCAAAUACCUUGAUUUAGGUUUGGGUGUGCCCCUUACCCUGCCCAUAUAUUGCUGAACCACUGGCAAGCCUAUUUUUCAAUUUUACAACAAUCUGGAUCUCAUUUUUGCUUUUACUGCAAUGUCAGGAUAUUUUUCACACAGAUGCACAUACUCAAUAAUACAAUUCAACGGCAGUUGACCAUGGGUCUGCAUGAGACCACGACUUGGGCCGGAACCUGACCACAGUACGCCAUUUAAAGAUAAUUGCAAUAUUACUUACAAUGCGGAAAACAUUUUUGGGGAGCAUCAGUUACUCAUGGAAACAUCUAUAAUAGUGUUCUCUUAGGUGCCUGCCAAUUCGAUUUAUUGGAUUAUACCAAAGGAGAAGUGGAAUUCCCUUGGCGAGAUCCUGGAUAAAACUGGACUGCUCUAUGACUGGAACACCACCUCCAGCGGGCCAUCUCGGCACAGCAGGUCUAUGGUGAGAAACGGGACAACAUGGUCAUCCCUGUCCCGGAGGCAGAGAGCAACAUCACCUACUAUGAAUCGCUCUACCCCGGGGAUUACAAAAUGCCAAAGCAGCUCAUUCACCUACAGCCUUUCAGCCUGGACACGGAGCAGCCGGACUAUGACCUGGACUCAGACGACGACGCUUUUGUGGCAAAGUUGAAAAAGAAGAUGGAGAUCAGCCUGUUGCAGUUUGAGGAGAUGAUCGACCGGCUGGAGAAAGGCAGCGGGCAGCAGCUUGUGAGCCUCCCCGAGGCCAAGCUGCUUCUCAAGGAGGAUGACGAGCUCAUCAAGGAGGUGUUUGACUACUGGAGCCGCAAAAGGAAAAACAGCAAGGCGCACUCGCUCAUUAACAUCAUCAAGCAGGAGAAGCGCGACGGCUCCAGCACCAGCGACCCGUACGUGGCCUUCCGGAGGCGCACAGAGAAGAUGCAGACCAGGAAGAACCGCAAAAACGACGAGGCGUCCUACGAGAAGAUGCUGAAACUCCGCAGGGAUCUUAGCCGGGCUGUCACCAUCCUCGAGAUGAUCAAGAGGAGGGAAAAGAGCAAGAGAGAGCUGCUGCACCUCACGCUGGAGAUAUUUGAGAAGAGGAACGUCAUGUCAGACUACGGUGGCGAGGUCCUGGCCGAGGUCCUGGCGGAGCGGGCCCUGGUGAGGCCGCAGAUUAUUCCACUGGUGCCGCUCACCAACCAGUACCACAUGGACCAUAAGGAUUACAAGUCCAAGCCGGAAAAGACAGAAGUCCCUCGACAGAAGAGGAAAUACGAGAAAAAGCAAAAGGCCCUUCCUCUGUCGGCCGGUGGCCACCACCACGGUCCAGCCAUCUUCAAUGCCAAGGACCUCAACCAGUAUGACUUCCCGAGCUCAGACGAAGAGCCCCAGCUGCAUUCGGGCUCGUCGGAAGCCGAGGAAGAAAACGACCCGGACGGCGCCUACGCUUUUCGAAGGAAGGCGGGCUGCCAGUAUUAUGCUGCUCAUCAGGAUCGAGUGGGCUGCUGGCCGUGGUCCCCGGGAUGGGAGGACGGCCUGGCACACACCCGUUACCGCUACAGUCUCACUACGCUGACCGUGCCGCGUCGCUGUCAGGGCCUGGCGCGCCGACGCUUGGGACGAGGGGGCAGGGUUCUACUAGACCGAGCACAUUCAGACUACGAUAAUGUUUUCCAUGAACUGGACCCGAAGACGCUGGACCGUGCCCCGUCGCCGCCGGGUCCACGCCCGCUGUCCGCCAGCAAAUUUGCCAGUACCUCACCAACUAAUACCUCAGACAGAGACUCCCCCUCGCCUCCCACGGACCUCAGUCAGAUUCUAUUGAGCAUAAAAGCGUGCCGGUGGCGGCACUUCCGGCCGCGGACACUACCGCUACACCAGCUGGACAAUGCACACCCGUUGUUCCGCAGGCUAAGUCGCUGCGUCAAGCGGCCGCUCGCCAACAUCGGGCCGCGUGCCCAACGCGUCUUGCGGCCCGGGCCGCCACCCCAGCCUCAUGUUGCACUGACAGCCGAGCAGUUCCAGCUUCACCAGGAUCAGUUGUUGCAGAUGCAGAAAGAGCUGCUUGAGCAGCAACAACAGCAAGCUAGCAGAGCCACUGCCAACAGCACAACGUCGACAGCACAGGUGUCAGCCAACACGUUGGACCAGGCCAGCGCACAGUUCGCCGCCUCGGCCCUCGUUACCCCCGAGCAAAUUUUGGCUCUUAAGACCAAGGAGGAGCUCAGCCUGGGUGGAGGAGUCAACGGUGUCCUGUCCCCCUCAGGUGUCUACAAGGGCUUGCACCUUUCCAGCACAGCGUCCCCUUCCUUGGCCGCCCCGGCCCCGCCUGCCACCCUGUCCGGCGCCGCCUCUCUACACCCGGGAAGCGCCACCAGCGUCGCGCCUGCCUGUGUCUCCAACAGCAACAUGGGCGCCACCCGCCACGCCGGCCCCGCAACCACUAACGCCACUCAGGUCCCGCUGGGCAAUAGCCUCCGCUUGGCUGUUCCCGCCAGCAAACGGGCGCACGCCCCCAGAACGCUAAGCGGCGCCGUGUCGGCGUCCGCAUUAAAGCUGGCCCAUGCCGCCGCCAACUGUCAGAAGCCCAAGGUCCCCUCGGCCAGCGCUGCCUCGCCGCUGGACAUUGUGCCCAGAGAGAACCAUGACCAAGACAAGGCAGCGCCGCUCAGCAGUCUGUCUGAGAACACAAUGGCCAUGGAGGUGACGUAGCCGGGGCUUGGGACUCCACCUUUGUUUUUGUUUUUGGGGUUUUUAUUUAGGUGCUAUGCAUCGUCCGUUAGGCUUGAACGUGAGCGGACUGACUGGACUCGACCGCGCAGCGACCGCUCCAAAGUGUGAGCCUGUCGCUCGCCGUCUAUAUAACUCCUCCACCGUAUUUGUUACUGUUAAUAAGAGAUUGUCUGUAAAUUGUUAAUAUGGCAAUUAAGAAAUGUACAGUACGCCCCUCUUGUACAUAACAUGACUUGAAUACACAAUUGUUCAUUUGUGAUGUUUUGCACUCGACAUGUUGGAAAAAAAUUAAAGAGAGAAGAAAGGACAAACCGCAGCCGCUGCGACCAGUCUCAACGCCCCCUCCUCCCCUCGUCUAUUUAUUGUGCCGCGUUUACGUCCGAUCCUCUGUUGCGACCGCUUGUUUGUCAUCCAAACCCCGGCCGCCAUUUCAGUUUUCAUUUUUACAAUACAUAUUUUUGUACCUCAUUUUUUUUCUUAAUUUGUUUUGUAAUUUGACUUUGACCCACAAAUGAAUCACAAUGUUUUCUGUCAUUUGUUUGUGCUGGGACGUGGCAGAAAAGGACCAAUCAUUCGACCAUUUAACACAAAAACAAAGUGAAAAAAAGUGCUAAUUUUGCCACUUGACAGGCGCUGCGGUCGUCAGCGUUCUCAUCUCUUCUGUGAAGAGUUUGGUACUGAACGCGGCUUCUUCUCGUAGGUUUUUUGUUGUUUUUGUGUGUGCGUACGAAAGUGAGUGCCCCCUUGUGCGUGUGAGUGUGUGUGCGUGCUGGUGUGGACACGUCAGUGUUGCGCGACAAAGAUGUGGGCGGAUGGAUGGACUCCUCCAAAAAAAAAGUGUCACUCAAUGAAAUAAACAUCCAGGGCAUUAUGUUGACUGCUCUCUUUAUUUUCUUUGUUUCCUUUUUUGUCUUCUUAUUCAUGUAAAAUACACACGACCCAAAUCUGGAGGGUGAAUUUUUUUGCUAUACUAGUACAGUUUUUGGAAAACAAAAUGUGCCAAUAUUGCAAUUCAUUUUUUUCUUCAUGAACAAGUAUUCAUACGAACUGAAGUCAUUUUGGCAAAUUAUUUGACCGCAAAAAAAUAUACAAGUAAUCUUUCGGGGCUAGUUAUCUUGGAUCUGAAUAUUGAUGUAGAAUUUCUGUGGAGCCAGUUUUUUUCCCUUCCAGGAUCUUGAUUAAAAUCUAGUCGUGAUAAUGUUUCUUAGUCAUGAUAAUAUUUCUGAGUUUUC